CUGGUUAAAUAUUUCACAAAAACCACCGAGUAACUGACAGCUGAAUGAGGAGGUUAUGACAGACAGGAGAGCUUAUUUUCCCCCUCCAGCCAAAUAUUUCAUCGCUUCACUGGAGACUUGGGCACGUUCGCAGCGACCGCGUCUGCAAACGAGUCCCCAGCCCUGGGUGCGCGCAGGAAAUGCCGUGGGUGCCCCUGGCCAGCAGAAAUGCCACGGGUGGGGAUGGCCACCGAGUGUCCCCACUGCCAGCGAGCCCACAGCUCGCUGCUCCCGCUGCUCUGCGCGAGCUGGCGGUGCCGGCCCCGCGCUGCCGGCAGCAAUGCAGCGCUGCUGCUGCUCCAGCACUGAACUGUGCGGAUUGGCCCGGAGCACCCCGCUCUCCUCCUCCCUGCCCCCCUCCUCCAGCACCCACCACCCACGCAGAUUGGACAGCUUGGUGCCACAUGGCUCAGCGGAACCAGGAUAAAAAAAUGAGCUGGACUUGGGGCUUGUAGAGUCGGCGGCAAAGCAGGAGGGAGAAGUUUGCGGAGCGGUGCCACCAACAUUCCACGGCUGCGCUGAGUCAGUGCAGGGAGGACAGACAGACGGACACACCGGGGCUGCAGCCACCCAGGGACACCUGUGGGGCGAGCACCAGCAGCACAGCAUCCUGUCCCCUCCGUGCCAGCCAUGUCCCUGGUGGUGAAGGAGAAGAACCACGUCCGCUUGGUUUUCCUGGGAGCCGCCGGCGUGGGCAAGACAUCGCUGAUCCGCCGCUUCCUGCUGGACACCUUCGAGCCCAAGCACCGGCGCACGGUGGAGGAGCUGCACAGCAGGGAGUACGAGGUGUGUGGGGCCACGGUCAAGGUGGAGAUCCUGGACACCAGCGGCAGCUACUCCUUCCCGGCCAUGAGGAAGCUCUCCAUCCAGAACAGCGACGCCUUCGCCCUGGUCUACGCCGUGGAUGACGCCGAGUCCUUCGAGAGCGUCAAGAGCCUGCGGGAGGAGAUCGUGGAGGUGAAGGAGGACAAGUUCCCUCCCAUCGUGGUGGUGGGCAACAAGGCGGAGAGCGGCGGCGAGCGGCAGGUGCCGGUGGAGGACGCGCUGUCGCUGGUGGAGCUGGACUGGAACAGCCGCUUCGUGGAGACGUCGGCCAGGGACAACGAGAACGUGCUGGAGGUGUUCAGGGAGCUGCUGCAGCAGGCAAACCUGCCCAGCAGGCUCAGCCCCGCGCUCUGCAAGAGGAGGGAGACGCUGCCCAAGGAGCAGGCGCUCCGGCCGCCCAUGAACAAGACCAACAGCUGCUCCGUGUGCUGAGGGAAGGCGCUGGCUGGAAACUCAGGUGGGCUGGGUGGGGAGAGGCACUGCCUCGGCCAAAACCUCCCCUGCUGCCUCCCACUCCUUCCCUCCUCUUCCCCACCCAGCCCAGAGGAGGCAGAGAUGACAAGAAGGGAUGCUGGGUGCUGGUUGGGUGUGGGGAGAGAAGGAAUUCCCAAAAAAGCAGGAUGCUCACCUGGGGAGCAGCUGUGGGUCAGCCAGGGCGCUGUGGAGAGCUGGAGGCACGGGCAGGGGGGACAAGGCCAGGGCUCUGGCAGAUGUGGGCACCUGCAGCUGCAUCAGCCCUGCCAGUGCUGCUGUCCCAGGGCAUCAGUCCCGGUGUCACCUCGUCCCAACGUCCUGGUGUGGCUCUGGCACCCACAGCACCUCCAGCGUCCGAGCAGUCCUGAGUUGUACCUGCUGUAGAGCAUGUGAUAGGGUGUGCAUCAGUUUGGUUUUCUCUAUUCUCUUUCUGUUUGGUUUUUUUUUAAGCAUUCCCAAUAAAUAAAUUGUUGCAAAGUGGA